AUGAACGCCCUUUUAUACUCUAACGAUGGUGCCAUUCGUUCCCUAAAUCUUACCUCUGAAGCUAAAGCCACUAUUGAGUUUAGAAGGGACUUGGGUAUCGCUUUUGAUGGGGAGGACGAGUUCCUAAUUCGUAAGAUACCCAAGGAGUUACCUGUUCUUGUACAUGAUAAUCUAUUGGAGAUUCAUUUCUUUUGGGCCGGCAAAGGAACAUCUCCAUUAUAUCCGCCAUUUCUCAAUGGACCUCUUAUAUCAGCUAUUGCUGUAACCCCAAACUUCAAAGUUGGCGGAGAGAAGCUCUCUCCUCGACAAAUAGCAGGGAUUGUUGUAGGUGCUGUAUUAACUCCAUUGCUUGUAUUGGCAUUCAUGUGGAAAAUGGGCUGCCUUAAAAGCAAAGAGCUACAAAGUGAGACUCUAUACACUGCACGCAUGCAUACAGAAAUACACAUAGAAGGCAAAUCUUUCACCCUCCAAGAAAUAAUAGAUGCUACUCGAAAUUUUAACUCCAAAAUGGAGAUUGGAAAAGGGCGUUAUGGGAUAGUAUACAAGGCUGAACUUCCUGAUGAAAUUAAAUUAGCAGUGAAGAAGAUUUCUCCUGACAUAAAUCAGCAAGAGAAGAAUGAAUUAAAAAGUGAAAUUUUCAGCCUGAAAUCAUUGAGGCAUGAGAACGUGGUUAAAUUGUUGGAUGGCUAUUAUCCAAAUUCAAGAACCAUUCUUGAUUGGAAAGUGAGACAUGAUAUAUGCUUGGGGAUAGCAAAAGGUUUGAAGUAUCUACAUGAAGAAAAAAGAUUUGACAUUGUUCAUGGAAAUAUAAAAGCUGCAAAUAUUCUCCUUGACAAAUCUUACACUGCUAAGUUAUCGGACAUCGGAUUAGCAAGGCUUUGCCGUGAGGAAGAUCCAUUCGUGUCUAUCAUCAAAGCAAGAGCAAGCAGAUGUUUACAGUUUUGGAGUUGUUCUACUUGA